UCACAGUCGAAGAUCCGCAAACACAUCAACAUGACUGCAAAGCUGUGUUUCCUGCUGGGGAUGGUGGUGGUGCUGGCCGCGGCAGACAAAAGACCUCCACCAGUCUACUCUUACCAAGCUCCCGAGGAGUUCAGCGAGGAGUCCUAUGAAUCCUACGAGUCCACGGAGGCCAAGUACGACUUCAACUACGCCGUGAGGGACGAGUACUCCGGCAACAACUUCGGCCACCAGGAGUCCCGCGACGGAGACCACACCCAGGGCUCCUACUACGUGCAGCUCCCCGACGGCCGCCUGCAGAAGGUGACCUACUACGUGGACGGCGACUCUGGCUACGUGGCGGAGGUCAGCUACGAGGGCGAGGCUCACUACCCUGAGUCAGAGGAGUCCAGAGAGUCCUACAGCCCCCCAAGACCUAGUUACUCCCCUCCCAAGCCUCGCCCUACUUACGCUCCACCUCAGCCUACCUAUGCUCCACCCAAACCUCAGCCUAGCUAUGCUCCACCCAAACCCCAGCCUACCUAUGCUCCACCCAAACCCCAGCCUACCUAUGCUCCACCCCAGCAAGCUUAUGCCCCUCCCCAGCCUACCUAUGCUCCACCCAGAAGAACCUACGGCUUCCCUCAGUUCGUCCUCCUUCUGGCGGUGGUGGCCCUCGCAGCUGCCGACAAGCGCCCACGCCCCACCUACGGCGCUCCUCCUCCACCACCACCUCCUCCUUCCUACAGCGCCCCUGAGCCCCCACGCCCUGUCUACUCCGCCCCGGAAUCGUCCGAGGAGGUAGAGGACCCACCAAAAUACUCCUUCAACUGGGAGGUGGACGAUCAUUACUCCGGCAACGACUUCGACCACCAGGAGGAGCGUGAAUACGACAACACCAAGGCCUACUCCGUGCAGCUCCCCGACGGCCGCCUGCAGAAAGUGACCUACUACGUGGACGGCGACUCAGGCUACAUCGCUGAGGUCACCUACGAGGGCGAGGCUCAGUACCCAGAGUCCGAGGAGUCCAGAGAGUCCUACGGUCCCCCCCAGCCCACCUACAGCGCCCCUGAGUCUGAGGAGUCCGAGGAGGCACCAGUCUAUGCUCCUCCUCCUCGCCCAUCCUAUGCUCCUCCCCAGCCCAGCUACGCCCCGCCAAGGAGGACAUACGGCACGCCCCAGUAAGUCCUGUGAUAAUGUAAAGGAUCCGUCCUCUCCCUGAUGCAAGGCAGACACACAGACAGACAGACACAAGCUCAUUUGAACGCUGAUUUGAAUUCGUUGUAAAAAAAAUGUACUUUUACUAUUGCUUCUAUAUUUUCUCUCGCUUUUUUUCUUUCUCUCUUUGUUUCUUUAUCUUUGUCUAGUAAGUUGUAAGGAUGCUAUUCAGUUCCUUUCGUCUCCGGUUUAUCUUUUUCUUGGUCUUAGUUUUGCCACUUUUCCUUUCCUUAUCGUUCACUUUCCCUUCCUUCGUUGCGUUACUUUCCUCCUCUUCACUUGCUGCCUCAUCUGGUUCAGCCACUUUCCUUGUUCUCAUUUUGUCUCUUCCUUGCAGCGGUUCUUCAGUUUCCAAUUUCCGAGAUUCCUUUCUUUAAUAUCCCGUUGUAUCCUUCCUUUGUUCCAGUCUUGUAGCCCAUCAUUGUAUAUACCAUUUGUGCAAAGUGAUAUACAUAUGCUUAUGUAUUUAUAGAUGCACACCGAACCCUUAUUUAUUAAAGUCUACGCAUUACAA